GUCCUUGGAUUCUGAGGUCAGCAGGCUUUUUGGUAUGUGGGGUCAAAACAGUGGCAGCCAAUGAGAACUGGAGAUUCUGCACAGAGGACUCAACUGGGUUGAGAUUCAGUGAGCUGAGAGGGAGAAGUGAUGACUCUUCUUGGUGUGAGAGGAAACUGACACCUCAUUCCUUACUCUCAGUCUUCCUCCUUUGAUUAGGGACCAGCAAAGAGCAGCAGAACACCAUGGAAUUUGGACUUGAGUCCUGGGAGUUGGUGUGACUCUGUCUAAGGUGUGACCUUAGGCAGGUCUUUUCCCAAGCCAAGAUCCAAUGGAAAUGCUUCCUAACUGAUCAUGUUAUAACAAUACCUGGAAGUCCAAGACUGAAUUUCAGCUGAACAUACCUGAGUUGUUCCCAUCACCAUGGAGACCCAAAAGGAUGAAACUUCUCAGACCAAGGGAGCAGCAGCUUCUGGAGAUACCCAGGACCAAGGAGCAGAGAAAGGAGCCAAGAACAAGGCAGCUGAGAUAAUAGAAGGACCAGCAUCUGAGCUACCCAUAUCUGGCCCAGGUAGGCUGAAGAAAACUGCCAUGAAACUCUUUGGUGGCAAGAAAGGCAUCUGCACCCUGCCUAGUUUCUUUGGAGGGGGACGAAGCAAGGGUUCUGGGAAAAGCAGCUCUAAGAAGGGUCUUAGCAAGAGCAAGACCCAUGAUGGCCUAAGUGAAGCAGCCCAUGGUUCUGAUGACUUUGUCAGUGAGGGAACUGGCCUUUCUUUACCUUUGCCUGAGUCACCCUGCCGACUUCCCAGCUCCCAGAGUGCUCAUGGGGCUUUGGAGACAGGCUCCAGAUGUAAGACAUCUAUAGCUGGAGCCAUAGAGAAGGCUGGGGCUGAGAAGCCUCUCUCUAUGUCCAAGCCAAAGAAAGGCCUGAAAGGUUUUUUUAGCAGUAUCCGCCGUCACCGAAAGAGCAAGGUCUCUGGGGUUGAGCAAAGUGAGCCAGGAAGCAAGAGGCCUGAGGAAACCGUAGCCAGGCCUCAUGAACUUGUGAGUUCAGCCCUUCUACCCCAUGCUGAGGAGACCCUUCAAGUCCCAAGAAAGGAAAAUGCCAAAUCCCAAGAUUCUCCUGUGCCAAUAGUUUCUUUAGUACCAGAGCUUUCUCCAGCAGUUACCGAGAAGACAGCCUGUAAAGAUCCAGAAAUAUCUAUGGAGACAUGUGCCUCAGCACUUUUGCAGCCAAAGCCUGACUCUAAAUCCAGUGGCCUAGAGGAACCUCACUGCCCGGGAACAGGGGAGAAGGUAAAAACAGAAGAGAUAAAUCUGCCCAAUGGCCCUGUGGGGGACCAGCUGAGUCUCCUGUUUGGAGAUGUCACAUCCUUGAAAAGCUUUGACUCGCUGACAGGUUGUGGUGACAUCAUAGCUGAGCAGGACAUGGACAGUAUGACAGAUAGCAUGGCCUCUGGAGGACAGAGAGCCAACCGAGAUGGUACUAAGCGAAGUUCUUGCCUGGUGACUUACCAAGGAGGUGGGGAGGAAAUGGCCUUGCCAGAUGAUGAUGAUGAAGAAGAGGAAGAAGAUGAGGUAGAAUUAGAGGAAGAAGAGGAAGUCAAGGAGGAAGAAGACGAUGACUUAGAAUAUUUGUGGGCAAGUGCCCAGAUGUACCCGAGACCCAGUAUGAACCUGGGCUACCAUCCUACUACAUCUCCCAGCCACCAUGGCUAUGUACUUCUUGACCCAGUCCAGUCUUACUCUGGUCUAGCCCCUGGAGACCUUUUGACUCCUCAGAGUGACCAGCAAGAAUCUGCUCCCAAUAGUGAUGAGGGUUAUUAUGAUUCUACCACUCCUGGAUUUGAAGAUGAUUCUGGUGAGACCCUGGGACUUGUCCAUAGGGAUUGCCUACCCCGAGAUAGCUACAGUGGAGAUGCCCUCUAUGAGUUCUAUGAACCUGAUGAUAGUCUUGAAAACUCUCCUUCUGGGGAUGACUGCCUUUAUGACCUCCAUGGUCACAACUCUGAGAGAUUUGAACCCUUCUUGAACUUUGAGUCCUUUUCUUCCUCUCGGCCACCUGGGGCAAUGGAGACAGAGGAGGAACGUCUAGUGACCAUUCAGAAACAGUUACUGUAUUGGGAGCUUCGGCGGGAGCAGCUUGAGGCCCAAGAGGCACGGGAAUCUCGUGCCCGAGAGGCUCAUGCCAGACAGGCUUAUACCCAAGAACAUGCCAGGGAGCCCCAUACCCGAGAAGUCCACACCCAGGAAGCAUAUGUCAGAGAGACCCGAGUCCGAGAGGCCUAUGCCAGGGAGGCCUGUGCUAGGGAGGUCAAGGCCCGAGAGACUGAAAUCCAAGAGGUCCAAGCCCAGAAGGAAAAGCCUAACAAGGAUUAUCAAAUAAGGCCUUUAGGCCCAUCAGUGAUGGGGCUGAUGGCAGGGGCAUCAGGGACUUCUCAGACUACUCCCCGGGGAACCACAUCAGCUUUCCCUGCCACUGGGAGCAGUGAGCCAGACUGGAGAGAUUUCCGUCCUCUAGAGAAGCGUUUUGAGGGAAACUGCUCCAAGAAAGAUCAAAGUACCUGUCUCAUGCAGCUCUUCCAGAGCAAUGCUAUGUUUGAGCCAGAUGUUCAAGAAGCAAAUUUUGGAGGGUCUCCUAGGAGGGCCUACCCAACUUAUUCACCCUUAGAGGAGCCAGAGGAAGAGGAGGUUGAGAAGGAAGGAAAUGCCACUGUGAGUUUCUCACAGGCUCUUGUGGAGUUCACCAGCAAUGGGAACCUUUUUUCCAGCAUGUCCUGCAGUUCUGACUCUGACACAUCCUUUACUCAAAACCUCCCUGAAUUGCCUCCCAUGGUGACCUUUGACAUUGCUGAUGUAGAACGGGAUGGGGAAGGCAAGUGUGAAGAGAAUCCUGAGUUUCACAAUGAUGAAGACCUUGCCGCCUCCUUGGAAGCUUUUGAGCUGGGGUAUUACCAGAAGCAUGCCCUCAACAACUACCACAGCCGUUUCUACCAAGGUCUUCCCUGGGGUGUGAGCAGUCUCCCACGAUACUUAGGACUGCCUGGCAUGCAUCCUCGACCUCCACCUGCUGCCAUGGCCCUCAACAGGAGGAGCCGCUCACUAGACACUGCAGAGACUCUGGAACUGGAACUUUCCAAUUCCCACCUAGCCCAGGGACACAUGGAGUCUCAUGAGCUACAGGCUCAGCAAGAAGAUUCAGAGGCAGAAGAAGAGGAUGAAUGGGGCCGAGAUAGUCCCCUGUCCCUUUAUACUGAACCCCCAGGGGCCUAUGACUGGCCUGCCUGGGCUCCCUGUCCUCUCCCAAUGGGGCCAGACCCUGCCUGGGUAAAUCCCAGCCAGUUGGAUGGGCCUUCUAGGCAGUCACCUUAUGGGCAGACAGCCUGUUGUGUACCUCCUGUGGCCAUGCCAAUGUUGCUAUCAGUACCAGGGCCAGAGCCAAGGGUGCCUAGGCAACCUGGGCCUCAGCUUGCUCGGCCUUCGCACCUACCCCUGUCCAUUGGCCCUUGUUAUAACCUCCAGCCACAGGCCUACCAGAGUGUAAGGGCCAGGCCUCGAGAUAUGUUGCUGCCUGUUGAUGAGCCCAGGUACUCCUCUGGUUCUGGAGGCUUCAGCCCCAGCAUUAUGUCCCAGGCCAAGCCUGUGGGCAUCACCCAUGGCAUCCCUCAGCUGCCCAGGAUUCAGCGGGCCCCGCAGGCUCAGUCCAUUCGUUAUGGGGCUUCCAGCUUUGACCUGUCAAAGGAGAAGGCAGAGCAAGUUGCCUCUCUCCCCACCAGCUACUCCUCCACUGCCAUGAAUGGAAACCUAGCCAAGUAGUCAUCAGUACUGGAAUGGGGACAGGGGGCUUGAGCAUGUGAAUGGGGAUCAGGGGUUGGGCAGAGGGGUGGGGGGUUGGUGUUGCUGUUCAAUUUGAAAAUCCUUUUGGCCAAGGAAAGCUCCUAUGAGUUUUACUUUUGAUUUCCAACUUGCCUCUUCUGCCAUCUGUGGCCACAUUCAGCUCAAGUAUAUCUGACCUGGGAGGCUGCUGCUGCUGUACUCUGAUUUUUACUUUCAGGGUUUCUUCUUGUAACCCAUGCAAAGUUUGGGGUACUGUAAUGUUGUGCCUAUCCCAGUUGCUGAAUUAAUGAUUAUAUAUAUAUAUAUAUAUAUAUAUAUAUAUAUAUACACAUCACACACACAUGCAUAUAUACACAUAGCAUGCAUCCUUCACACUUGACAUUUAGUGCCCCCAGCCCUCCAAGUAACACUCCUCUUCCACAAGUGAAUGAUGAACCACUGAUGAGAAGCCAAGUCUGCACUAUCUCCCACUAGGGGAUGGGGGGCUAUUUCUUUUAGUAAUAUGAAAUUAUGGUACAGAUCCUCCCUGAUCAUACUUUAUUCCUCCCUUUGGUCUUGCCAUGCCUGCUACCAUUACAUGAUCUGAUUAUAAUCUAUUCAGCUAGUUGUCCGUUGAAUCAAGUAGCAUGUGCCUAUUGCUGUGGACUUUGGCAUCAUAGCCAGAUAGGGGUCUUUUAACCUGACCCGCCAUAGCUUGGGUUGAAGACAAAAUGCUGAUCCCCUUAAUGGAGUGAUCAAAUUCAUCCAGCUGCUAACAAGAAAAAAUAGGGUUCUAUCAUAGACACUGCCAUAGCUUUGAUCUCUGGAAUUAUAGUAUUUUUUUCCUUCUUUUAAACUUGCGACUUCCCUGAGCUACAGACGUUUUUAAAUUUUAGUUCUUUUUUUCUCCAGAAGUUUUCAUGAUCUCAUCACAAGGAACACAUUCUUUUAAUUGAGAUACAGAAAGAGAAACAGCCAAAAUUAAGGGUAGGCUGUAGGAAUUGGGGUUUUUACAAUUUUCAGGGGAAGGAUGGAAAAAGGAGGUCCAUUUGUCCCAGCUAGCAGGAGAGGAUUUCAGAGCUCCAGGAAACCCAGCUUCUUGGGGAAACUGCUUCCCCCUGCCCCUGGGGCAGUAUAUGUUUGUAUGCCUUGCCCAUCCCUUUAUUUUGAUAAUUAUAAAGAGGCUCCAAAAUAGCACUCCCAAGAGAUGGGAUACCAAAGGCAUAUUAAGCUGCUGUUCCGGACUCUCUAAUGAACUGUUUUCCAAUUAGUCAAGUUGUUAGUAUCAUCAAAGAGUGAGACUUCUUGAGAGGAAGACUUACCUGUCCUCACUGCCAAAUUGGAAGACUGAUUUGCAGGACAGUUGCAGCUCUCUAUGGAAUAAAUGGCACCCUCCAUUCUCUUGCAUCCACAGUUUUCAUGUUAAACUAGCUUAUAAAUAGCUGGUAGGAAAGAGUUGCUGUAAGGAAGACAUUGUAACAGCCUAAUCUACCAGGUUCAACCUCAUUCGUCACCAAUAGAGAGGGUUCCUUUGGAAUUAAUUUAUUGGAAAUAGGCAUAUGGAAAAUGUUCUGCCUGGAAGUGUUGACCAAAAUUAUAACCCUUGCCCUGCUAACCACCAUCUCCAUGACUGUUAAGAGAAGAGGUUAAAAGGCCUAUUGCAUUCCUGAGAUGUAACAACUUAGUUUGGGAAAAGAUGGCAUUGGCCUUCCCAAAUCAAGGUGACUUUGUGGACAAACUGUCCUUUGGCCAAGGGAUGUGCUGGUCUGUGUCACUGUUCCAAGAUUACAACUGGACCAGUGCACAUUACAAAAGAGAGCAAACCUGGUUGGUAUCUGCAUCUAUGAAAGCACCCCAUGAGUUUGUAUGGUACCAAUACCACUGUUCAAGGAUCCCAGAGCAGAUGCCAGGCUGACUUUGUCUACAUUAUGAAUAAAUCCAUUCUGGAAAGUGGAAGGUAUUCCUCACCCCAAGCACAACCUUCUAGGAGAAAAGUACCCCAAAACCAUUGGAUUUAUCACCAAAGCUGUCCUGGGAGGGUGGGGCUGAACUUGGCUUGACUGUUUGGCAGGAAGUAAAUAAUCACCAAAUGCCUUCACAACAUGGGAAAACCCACCACUGCCUCCAUUUCUGCGUGUCAUCAGGGCAGCUCAAGCUUCCUGUCUGUAUAUCUGCAUAGCCUCAGCAGGUAGAGUUAUCACCAGCCUUCAGAGCCACCAGUCCAUCUGGGAAGAGAAAAAGUACAUAGCCUCUGGUCAAAAGCUGAGAGUUACUCUAGGACAAGAGGGCACCAAGAGGUAAUGCCUCUUAGAGGAUCAGUCAUAGCCCUAACAUACUUUGCUGGCCUUUUGAAGGUCACAUACCAGAGUAAGGUCGGUUUAAGAUUGAGCAGCAAUUCCUGAUUUGGACAUCACUAACUGUAGAUUUUUUCACUGUCCUGGCCAGCCCAAGGACAGGAUGUUCAACAUUAGAAGUGGUGCAGUCAGGAUGCAUGGCUACCACUUUGAGUGUCUAGAUCCAAGCAGUUCAUAGCUAAAUACCAGUUGCUGCCUAGAAGAGGAAGGAAGACCUACCUGGGGACAUAUUAUGGCACUGGGAGAGCCAACCAAGCUUCAGGCCUCUCCCCAAAUGUAGGCCAAUUCUUGCUUGACUUGCACCAAAUAUGCCCCAGAUCACCAAAGGUGGACAAACAUGUUGGGUCCAUAUCUCCUAAGCUGUGACCAGAUGAACACCAUGUCUCCAUUGUGAGGUCCUAAGAUGAUAAUUUUGGAUAUGACUUGAAGGGGAGAUACAACUUGAGAGUAGAUGGCUGCCUUAUGGUGCUACCAAGCAAGCAUAUCUAGUACCAGAUAGCUCUGAUCCUAAGAUUUCUCAAAUACGCAAAUCCUUAGGGGAUCAGCAACUGGAUAGAGAAGGUCUCUCUCCCAGGGCUGCCAGUUUUUUGGUGCUUUUGCACCUUCAAAGAAACCCUGCAUUCUGGCCCACUUAAGGUCUGCUUUAGCUUGGGCAUCUGUUCACUAGCAUCCUGGGCCAAAGGUCUUGGUCAACACCAGACCUUUCUCAGUGUCGUACCAAGGAGGGGACUAGCUUCCCAGGGCUGUGCCUCUCAUCCUGCUGUCAAUGACUUUCCUGCCCUUGCCUGUGCCACCAACCCACCUGCCCUUAGCCCCUGGGCCAAGUUGCUAAAGGGAGGCAUGGGUGGUUUAACAGGGAGAAUUCAAGUUUACCCAUGUGUAUGUUGCAUCCAUGUUUUUAAUAAUAUAUAUAUCAAAGUCAAUUAUCUAUUUUUGUAUUGUUUGCAUUUUAUAUUCAUGAAAAACAAUGUAUCAAUUGUUCUUUUCUGAUAUAUUUUUUUAAGCGGUGCUGUUUACAGUUUUAAACAAAAAAGUCACAAAAAUUGCUGCUGCUUAUGCAGAGGGCUGGCAUCUCAACUGUCCAGGGCCCUCCCUCUUUCCCCUCACCCCACCCCCGAUAUAUCACACUGUCCAUAUCCUCCCUCCAUGAUAGGACAGCAAAUGAUGCCCAGGUACUAAAAACAAAUGCCAGGUGACUCAUACAUGGUAGACGGUUUGUCAUUUAUGGUUUCAUUUUUUUCUUUUGAACUCUACCCCCACUUUACCCCCUCCUUUUGUUUGAAAACCAGAGUGCCCAUGUUGUGCUAUUUGUCAUGUUGAAUUUCUCCAAAGGAACAUUUUGGGAACAUUCUUUAACUAGUGGAAAGGGCAGUGGUUUUCAACAAUGCCCCCUCUCCCUAAGAAACUGGAGGAGACAGAUAACAGUGAUGCUUGAAUCAUCAGGAAUUGGCCAUCUCAUUGAGGAAACCCUUGCAUGGGACUUUUCAGGAACUCGGUUGAUUGUGACACUUGCCCAGAAGAGACAUUGGGGAACUUCUUGACCCCUUUUGCUGCUUUGGGGAAAUUCCUACCCCUGCCACCAUUCCCUCUCCCUAGCUGUGCUCUAGCUCACACAUGGAUCGUACUUUGGGAAACUGUGACUGUCAGGGUAAUGGUUUGCUGGCCUGAUCACAAUUUUCCACACUACACUAUAGUCAUUCCAAAGAAGAAAAUCCACAUGGCAUGUAUAUGUGUGAGGGUUGGGGCUUUAUUAUUAUUGUUAUUAUUGGUGCUUAUUUUUCCUGCAUUAUA